UUUUUUUUUUUUUUUUUUUUUUUUAGAAACACAGCAGAGGCUCAGCACACAAGGACAGGGAAUAGGAAUAAAACCAGGAACUCCUCCGGUUUUUUGCGCCUGUCGGAGGAAAAAUAUAUUUUGUACAUGACGCAUUUGUAGAGAACAAACAGGUACUUCAUCCAGUGGCACUGUGAGUCUAGAGGAGCAAAGGCAGGAUGUCGGCCAGAGGAGGAAAGAAAAAGAUAACCAAGCUGUCCCGUUCUGCACGGGCAGGAGUCAUAUUUCCUGUUGGGAGAAUGAUGCGUUACUUGCGCACAGGAACCCAUAAGUAUCGCAUUGGCAUGGGUGCCCCUGUGUACAUGGCAGCUGUCAUUGAGUACUUGGCAGCUGAGAUUUUGGAGUUGGCUGGAAAUGCAGCAAGAGAUAAUAAGAAGGGGAGAAUCACUCCACGACACAUCAAGCUGGCUGUGGCCAACGAUGAAGAACUCAACCAGCUGCUCAGGGGGGUGACCAUAUCAAAUGGUGGAGUAUUGCCUCGUAUCCAUCCUGAGCUGCUCUCCAAGAAGAGAGGAGGCAAAGUUAAGGUGGAGACUCAGGUGGCCGUUCCCGAGAAGAGGGCGAAUCGGCUAAAGGGCAUUAAGAAACCCAGCAAAAAGAGCAAAGGAAAACCAGGUCGCAAACCCAAGAAAAGCACAGAGAAUGACAAAGAAGCAGAUGCCAACAUAACAGUGGAGGAUGGACCAGGAGAGGGAUUUACCAUUCUCUCCGCAAAGAGCUUGUUCCUUGGACAAAAGCUGUCGCUUACAGAGGGUGAAAUCGGCAAAAUCGGAACAAUCAAAGUGGAGGGAAUUAUCAACCCCACAAAUGCAGAGAUUGAUCUGAAAGAUGGAAUUGGUAAUGCUCUGGAGAAGGCAGGAGGAAAAGACUUCCUAGAGACCGUUAAGGAGCUGAGAAAAUCCCAGGGCCCCCUGGAGGUCGCAUCAGUGGCAGUGAGCCAGGCCAAUGGGAUGGCAGCACGUUUCAUCAUCCACUGUCACGUCCCUCAGUGGGGCUCGGAGAAGUGCGAGGAUCAGCUCGAGAAGACGGUGAAGAACUGUCUCUCUGCUGCCGAGGAGAAGAAGCUCAAAUCGGUGGCCUUCCCCUCGCUUCCAGCUGGACGAAAUGGUUUCCCAAAGCAAACAGCAGCCCAGCUCAUACUGAAGGCCAUUUCAAACCAUUUUGUGUCCGCCACCACCUCCUCUCUGAAGAACAUUUACUUUGUGCUGUUUGACAGCGAGAGCAUUGGGAUAUACCUGCAGGAGAUGGCCAAAAUGGACAGCAAGUGAUAUUCAACCAUGGCUUUGAUUCCUUUGAAAGUGUAACAGCCUUGAUGUUUCUCUGUUACAGCUUCUGUUUGACUGGUUUUAUCUGCCUCAACAUUGUCAGAAGGUUAAACGAUUUGAACCGACAUAAGCUUUAGCAGAGGAUGCAUCCUGGCUAGUAAGUGGAGUGUAGUGCAGCUUGGUGAAAGAUGUUGUAGGUAUAUGUUUUGAAAACAGAUUAUUUGGAGGUGUUUAAAUAAGGAUAUUUGUGAGUGAUGUACUGUACACUUAUGUUUCACUGUUCUCCUUUUAAAAAAAAGACAUUCAUUUAGAAUAGAUCAAGUUAAUCUUCAUUGUUUGCCAUUUUUAUCCUUAGACUGAUCUUUUUUUUUUUUUUAACAUUCCAUGUUCCAAGUCAAAAUUUUGACCGUUGUUUUUUGGCUAGAUAUCAUAUGUGGUUUAUGAGAUCGUUUUGGUUUAAUAAAAAAAAAAAAAAAAAAAAAAGUGUUUCUUGUUCUGCUUUGAAAUAAAAAAAUGUUUUUCACCACAAGUCAAGCUGUCUUCUGUCACUGA